UUAUGACAUUAUUCAAUCUCCAUAGCGGCAGCCUCCGAGCCGUGGGUGGGUGGGUGCGUAUUGGAUUAUGGGAGGACUGAGACUGAUUACCACUGCCUGUGGCUGCGAACGUGUUUUGCAUUUCCCCAACUCACUGUGUUGUCUCUCGCCGCCUCCUAUCUUUCUUGCUGCUGCUUCUUUCUGCUGCAACAAAUCAGCGGCACCGUCCUCCUCCUUCACCUACUAUUUUUCGUCCUCCGACUCCGACUCCAACUCCAACUUCAAAUCAUUUUUUUCCGUUACGAGUAAGCUCCGACACCAUGGUCUCGGAUUUGGCGGUAGUUUUUUCCGUUCCCAUCCAAAAUUCAAUUCCAGGGUUGGGGUCGGCAACGGCAACCCUAGAGAAGAAGAUGAUGAUGAUGUAUUACAAAAAAGGGAAAGGGAAAGGGAAUCGAUUACUGAUAAUCAGCAGAGAGGAGUGGCAGCUCUACCCAGUGGGAAUAACACAGCAAUAAUCUCCGCCUGCUUUGUUGGUCUCCUCACUGGCAUUAGUGUCGUUGUCUUCAAUAAUGCGGUGCAUGAAAUUCGUGAUUUUUUCUGGGAUGGGAUCCCGUAUCGUGGUGCUUCAUGGUUAAGAGAGGAACCCAUUGAAGUAACAUGGGAAAGAGUAAUUGCAGUACCAGUUUGUGGGGGUUUUAUUGUUGGCAUACUGAAUGCACUUCGAGGUGCUCUAGAGGGCCCUACAAAAGGAAUUUUCAUAUCUAAGGCUGCAUUGGAGCCAAUUUUGAAGACAAUGGCUGCAUGUAUCACCCUUGGGACAGGGAACUCAUUAGGGCCAGAAGGUCCAAGUGUUGAGAUAGGUGCAUCUAUAGCCAAGGGAGUUGGUAGUUUGUUUGAUAAAAGUGCUCAGAGGAAGCUCUCUCUUGUGGCUGCAGGGUCAGCUGCUGGAAUCUCUUCUGGGUUCAAUGCUGCUGUCGCUGGUUGUUUUUUUGCGAUAGAGUCAGUCUUAUGGCCAUCACCACAAGAAUCAUCGUUAUCACUUACAAAUACAACUUCAAUGGUCAUACUUAGUGCAGUAAUAGCUUCUGUGGUGUCCGAAAUUGGUCUUGGCUCCGAACCAGCCUUCACAGUCCCAGAAUAUGAUUUUCGAUCCCCAAGUGAACUUCCACUGUACCUUUUGCUGGGUAUCCUCUGUGGCUUGGUUUCAUUGGCCUUAUCUAGGUGCACAUCGUUUAUGCUGGUAACUGUUGACAGUGCUCACAAGACCAUUGGCAUACCAAAGCCCUUUUUCCCCAUACUGGGUGGCUUAGCUGUUGGCCUGAUAGCCUUGGCAUAUCCAGAAAUUCUCUACUGGGGUUUCGAGAAUGUUGACAUUUUGCUAGAAUCCCGGCCAUAUGUGGAAGGCCUCUCUGCUGAUCUGUUGCUUCAGUUGGUGGUGGUCAAGAUAGUUGCAACCUCUUUGUGUCGGGCAGCUGGAUUAGUAGGAGGCUACUAUGCCCCAUCUCUCUUUAUUGGUGCAGCAACAGGAAUGGCAUAUGGGAAAUUUGUUAGUUUUGCAAUUUCUCAAUCCAAUCCAAUGUUUCAUCUCUCUAUCUUGGAAGUUGCAUCACCACAAGCAUAUGGCCUGGUUGGCAUGGCUGCUACUCUUGCAGGGGUUUGUCAGGUACCUCUUACUGCAGUUCUACUUCUCUUUGAAUUGACACAGGACUAUCGAAUAGUUCUACCACUUCUGGGAGCUGUAGGGGUGACUUCAUGGAUUACAUCUGGGAAGACGAGGAGAAUGGAUGUCUGGGAUAAUAAGAAACUUAAAGAGGGAAACACUGCAAAUCAACAACCUGAAAUGUCUUCUUGCACCCAAAGCGUGCUUUCCUAUACUGACUCACUUGUUGAAAAAACGUCCUACAUGAGUAAUCUUUGUGAAUUUGAAAGUUCACUCUGUGUAGGUGAUUCUAAUCAUGAUAUGGAGUUAGAAGAGCGGAUUCUUGUUUCACAAGCCAUGAAAACACGAUAUGUGACUGUCCAGAUGAGUACUUUGCUAACAGAGGCAGUGACUCUCAUGCUCACAGAGAAGCAGUCUUGUGCAGUGAUUGUUGAUAAUGAAAAUCUCCUGAUUGGUUUACUUAGACUGGGGGACAUUCAAGAGUUCAGCAUAUCUUCAAAAGCAAGAAGCAAAAGACCAGAAGAGCUUUUAGUAUAUCACGUAUGUUCAUUGAAAGGUGAUAAAUGUGUGGUAUCGUGGACACUAACACCAGGCAUGAGUAUCCUUUCUGCUCAAACAAUUAUGAACAGACAUGGAGAAAGUGUUCUUCCAGUUAUCUUGGAGCAUGUUGGAGAUCACAGAGGACUCCCUGUUGGCAUCUUAGACACAGAGUGCAUCAGUCUAGCUUGCAGAAUUGUAGCAACCAGAGAAUGCCUAAGCUGGUUUUCCACAAUGGAAAGGCCAAAGCAAUGAUGGAGAAUGAAAAGCCUGGUUUUUGUCAUUUUCACCCAGAAAGAAGUAUAUCGUCUUCCACAGGUAAAAGUUCCUAACCCUGGAAUUUCACUGAGCACAUGUCAAAAAUGGUAGGUUGAUAUUGAAUUUGUAAACAAAGAAUUCUUUGGUAUUUAAAGUGACUGUAGCAUCACAUUGGAAAAACUGGUUUUCAGUAAUUUAACGAGUGAAAACCAGUGUGGUUCUUGAGCUCAUGAUUAGUAUUUCCUAUUUGCAUUUGCUUGUAAAUGAGUGGUGAAUUAUACUAGAAGAGAUUCUGCAACCUUUAUUAUUAGAACUGCUUGGAAAGAGAUUUUAUAAAUUAUAUAUAUAUAUAUAUAUAUAUAUGAUGUUGACGAAUAGGAGAUGUUGGAUAGAUUUAUAUGCUUCAUGGUAUCUGCAAGACUAGUAUGGAAGAUUACCAUAAUGUAAUUGCCUUGAAGCUUCAUUUUCAACCAUCCACAUCAUACCAGCAAGUUCUGGAAUGGCUGGCUAUACCUUGUUGGUUGGGUUGUGUUAGCAUAUUCCAAUAAAAAAUGAUUGGGUUUUGGACUGUAAUUUGAUUAGACCAAUAUGCAUUAAUUUUUGUGUUUCAAUGACCUAUUAAACAAUAUCAUCUUAUACAGUACUAUUUAUGACUAACUAGAAAUACAUAUACAAAUUGCAAGCAGACCUUAAAAAGGAAAAAUAGGAAUAAUCUCACAUUGUCGUACUUUGCCCGGUGAAAUUUCAAUCAAUCUACAUAGUAGCAAUUCCGGACUUAGCCACCAGAAUCUAAGCUAGAGUUUGCCUGUUGGUAUGAUUAGUAAACAUAAGAAGUGUUGUUAUUAAUGAAAUGGUAGG